AUGUCAGCGCUAAGAAUGCAACACUAUGCGAUAUUCUUGCAAUCGUUCGACUACAGCAUCCAGUUCAGACCAACGAAACAGCACGGUGCGUUCUCGAGACUACCGCUGAAGGAGAAAGUACCGGACAACGUUAUUGAAGAGACGGACAUGCUAGAGGUGAACAUGAUCGAGACUUUGCCGAUAACUGUUGAAGAGCUCGCGAAGGCCACCGCCGCUGAUCAUACCGUGAAGGCGUUGCUGGAAGGUUUACGAACUGGAAGAAGUAUUGAGCCGGGUCACCGUUUUGGAGUUGAUCAGUCGGAGUUCACCGUACAGAAAGGCUGUAUUCUGCGCGGGAUCAGAGUGUACGUUCCCUCGAGACUUCGAGAACGACUCCUCAGCGAACUGCACUCAACACAUUUUGGUAUGACAAGACUGAAGUCUCUGGCUCGUGGCUACGUGUGGUGGCAAGGUAUCGACGGCCAGAUUGAGGAGAUGGUGCGAAACUGCAGUUGCUGCCAAUCGACGAGAACUGAACCGGCCAAAGCCCCAACUCACUGUUGGCAACAAACGGUGAGACCGUUUGAGCGCAUCCAUGUGGAUUUCGCGGGGCCGUUCAUGCAAAGCUACUUCAUUGUGCUGAUAGACGCGUAUACCAAGUGGCCUGUGGACAAAAUCCUUAACAACAUCACAACAGCGACUACCAUACAAGUCUGCCGUGAAUACUUCGCUACAUAUGGGAUUCCCUCAGUUUUGGUUUCGGAUCAUGGCGUUCAGUUUACUUCUGAAGCAUUCCAGGACUUCCUUUGGAAGAAUGGAAUCUACCACAAGAUGGGUACACCAUACCAUCCGUCUACGAAUGCAUCAGCGGAGAGGUUAAUCGGGACAUUCAAGGCCAAGCUCAAGUGUUUGAAGUGCGACAAGGCGAUGCUGCAAGCGGAGCUGUGCAACAUUUUGCUCACCUACAGUAACACCUUUCAUCCAGCAACCGGACAGUCUCCGACUAUGAUGGUCUACAAUCGCCCACUGCGGUCUCGUUUGGACUUGAUGAUUCCGAAUCCAGAAACUGUCAGAAAGGAUGUUACAGAGAAAGUACGAAGCAUUCCGAAGGGGGCGAGAGUUUCAGCUAGAGACUACAUUGACAGCGACAAGUGA